UUUCUUUGUGUCUCCAGCCAAACCUUUCACUUCCAAAGUGAAGCAGAUGCGUCUGCACAAGGAAGACUUUGAGAUCCUGAAGGUUAUUGGAAGAGGAGCGUUCGGCGAGGUCGCGGUGGUAAAAGUGAGAAACACGGAUAAGGUCUUCGCUAUGAAGAUUCUCAACAAGUGGGAAAUGCUCAAGCGAGCAGAGACGGCGUGCUUUCGAGAGGAGCGGGACGUGUUGGUGAACGGAGACAGCCAGUGGAUCACCACCCUGCACUACGCCUUCCAGGACGACAACAACCUGUACCUGGUCAUGGACUACUACGUGGGUGGCGACUUGCUGACUCUGCUGAGCAAGUUUGAGGACCGACUGCCUGAAGAAAUGGCCAAGUUCUACCUUGCUGAGAUGGUGCUGGCCAUCGACUCCGUUCACCAGCUCCACUACGUCCACAGGGACAUCAAGCCUGACAACAUUCUGCUGGAUAUGAACGGCCACAUCCGCCUGGCCGACUUCGGCUCCUGCCUGAAGCUCAUGGAGGAUGGGACGGUCCAGUCCUCUGUGGCAGUAGGAACUCCAGAUUACAUUUCCCCCGAGAUCCUCCAGGCGAUGGAAGACGGGAAGGGCAAGUAUGGACCCGAGUGCGACUGGUGGUCCCUGGGCGUCUGCAUGUACGAGAUGCUGUACGGGGAGACUCCUUUCUAUGCAGAAUCCCUGGUUGAAACCUACGGGAAAAUCAUGAACCACAAGGAGCGAUUCCAGUUCCCACAGCAGAUAACAGACGUGUCAGAGGAAGCGAAAGAUCUGAUUCGCCGCCUCAUUUGCAGUCGGGAACACAGGCUGGGUCAAAACGGCAUUGAGGACUUCAAACAGCACACGUUUUUCACUGGCAUUGACUGGGACAACAUUCGUACGUGUGAGGCCCCCUACAUCCCAGAAGUCAGCAGUCCUACAGAUACCUCUAACUUUGACGUAGACGAUGACUGUCUAAAGAAUUCGGAGACUAUGCCUCCUCCCUCUCACACUGCCUUCUCUGGCCAUCACCUGCCGUUUGUGGGUUUCACCUAUACAAGUAAAUGUUCCCUGUCGGACCGGGGCUGCCUCCGACAGCUGGCCGUGGAUCCGGGUAAAGCAGGGCAGGACCAGUUGGACCUGGAUGUCCAGCGCAGGCUAGAGGACAGCCUGGCCACUGAGGCCUAUGAGAGAAGGAUACGUCGCCUGGAGCAGGAGAAACUAGAGCUGAGUCGCAAACUGCAAGAGUCGACUCAGGCUGUGCAGGCCCUGCAGCACCCAACAGGAGAGGGACCAGUCAGCUCCAACAAGGAAGUGGAGAUCAGGAGCCUCAAGAGCGAGAUCGACAUUCUCAAGAAGCAGAUCGCAGACUCCGGCCAACUGGAGAAGCAGCUGGAGGACGUGACGUCGGCUCGCAGGGACCUGGAGGACUCGUCCAAACACAUCAAGAGUCUGGAGAAGCGGAUGAAGAGCCUAACACAGGAGAGGGAUGACUUACAGAAGGGCCUUGUGGAGGCGGGUGAGAAAAUGAAGUCCCAGUCUAAAGAGCUGAAGGAGGCCCACAGCCAGAGGAAGCUGGCCAUGCAGGAGUUUUCUGAGCUCAAUGAGAAGCUGACAGAGUUCAGGUCUGUAAAGCAGCGCCUGGUUCGCCAGCUGCGUGACAAGGAGGAGGAGAUGGAGAGCCAGAAUCAGAGGGUGGAGGCUCUCCGCCUUGAGGUGCGAAAGGCUGAGAGGGCCAAGAAGGAGAUGGAGGUUCAGGCUGAGGAGCAAGCCGCCGAGGCUCAGAAAGAGAAGAAGUUGAGAGAGCGCAACGAGCAGUACAGCCGCCAGCUGGAGGAGGAACUGGAAGGACUUAAGGUGAAGCAGGUCGGCUCUCCGGCCGCUCCGGCUUCAGCCGACCAGACGCAAGAGGUGGGGCGUCUGCGAGCGGAGAUGGAGAAGAAGACGCUGCUGUACGAGGAGGAGUUGGCGCGCAGAGAGGCGCAGCACAGCACCGAGCUCAAGGCGCUGCGCAAAGAGCUGAGGGACGCCGAGAGCCAGCAGCUCAACCUGCAGAAAGAGAUCCUGAUGCUGAAAGACAAACUGGACAAGAUCCGCCGGGAGAGUGGUGAUACUGUGAGCCAAAACGAGCGUGAAGAGUUUGAGACGGAGUACAAGCAGAAAUAUGAGCGUGAAAGAAUCCUCCUCACUGAGGAGAAUAAGAAGCUGUCCAGUGAAUUAGACAAGUUGAGCGGGAUGUUUGAGAAGGUGAACAACUCCAACCAGCAGCUGGAGGAUGAGAUGAGGGAGCUGGCUGACAAAAAGGAGAGCGUGGCCCACUGGGAGGCCCAGAUCACCGAGAUCAUCCAGUGGGUGAGUGAUGAGAAGGACGCUCGGGGUUACCUUCAGGCUUUGGCCACUAAGAUGACCGAGGAGCUGGAGGGUCUGAGAAACACCAGCCUUGGAGCGAGAGCAACGGACAUGCCGUGGAAGAUGCGACGCUUCGCCAAGCUGGACAUGUCGGCCCGUCUGGAGCUGCAGUCGGCACUGGACACGGAGAUCAAAGCCAAGCAGAGCAUUCAGGACGAGCUGAAUAAAGUCAAGGCGGACGGCAUUUCCACCGAAUGUAAACUGAAGGAGGUGGAGAGUAGAAACCAGGAGCUGCUGGCUGAGAUCGAGAGGCUGAAGAAGGAGACGGAGGAGCUACGGCUGCGAAGAGGUGUCAAGCACCAGGAUUCCCAGAAUUCCUUCCUGGCUUUCCUCAACGCCCCCACCUCGGCCCUCGACCAGUUCGAUGACUCUUAUUCCUCAUCCUCAUCUUCUUUAAUUGAGUUUUGGGAAGAUCGCUCGCCGUCCGUCGGCCCGACUAAAGGCAGACGUGUGGACUCCAUGGAUAACUUCACCCCCUUCAGCACUCCGUCUCGGGAAGACGACCCCAAGUCCCAUCUAAAGUCGCAUUCCCGUUCCCCUUCCAUGGCGAGCGACAUGGAGCCGAUAGAGCUGAUAGACCACCCAGGCCGAGCUGUUCAGACCCCCACCAUGCGUUCAGGAGGUUACGGCAGCAUCGGACGCUCCUCACCAAAGCCCAAAGCACAUCAGUUUGUCGUCAAGUCCUUCAACGCUCCCACAAAGUGCAACCAGUGCACCUCCCUCAUGGUGGGGCUCAUCCGUCAGGGCUGCACCUGUGAGGUGUGUAAUUUUUCCUGCCACGUAACUUGUGCGGACAAAGCUCCAGCUGUGUGUCCCGUGCCCCAGGACCAGACCAAGGGCCCGCUGGGCAUCGACCCCCAGAGGGGCAUCGGUACUGCGUACGAGGGCUAUGUGAGGGUUCCCAAACCCACCGGCGUGAAGAAGGGCUGGCAGAAAGCCAUGGCUGUGGUGUGUGACUUCAAACUGUUUCUCUAUGAGCUGGGCGAAGGGAAGGCCGCCCAACCGAGCGUCAUCGUCAGCCAGGUGUUGGAUAUGAGGGACGAGGAGUUUUCAGUCAGCUCCGUUUUGGAGUCGGAUGUCAUCCACGCCAGCCGCAAGGACAUACCCUGCAUAUUCAGAGUGACGGCGUCCCAGCUCUCCCCCUCCAGCAGCCACAAGGCGUCCAUCCUGAUCCUGGCCGACAGCGACCAGGAGAGGAACAAGUGGGUGUGUCUGCUCAACGAGCUGCACCGCAUCCUGAAGAAGAACAAGCUGAAGGAGCGCUUCGUCUACGUCCCCAAGGAGGCGUACGACUGCACCCUGCCCCUCAUCAAGACCACCCAGUCUGCUGCUAUCAUAGAUCAUGAGCGCGUCGCCCUCGGCAACGAAGAAGGCCUCUUUGUCAUCCAUGUCACCAAAGAUGAAAUAAUCCGUGUGGGAGACAACAAGAAGGUCUACCAGAUCGACCUGAUUCCCCAGGAGCAGCUGCUGGCCGUCAUCUCGGGGCGGAACCGCCACGUCCGCCUCAUACCCACCCAGGCGCUGGACGGCCGCGAGACCGAAUCCAACAAGCUGGCCGAAACGAAAAACUGCCAGAGUCUGGUGUCGGGGCCGGUCCGGAACGGCUCCCUCACCUGCCUCUGUGUGGCCAUGAAGAGUAAAGUCAUCUGCUACGAGGUGAAUAAGGGGAAAUCUCGCCACCGAGUGCUGCGGGAGCUGCAGGCCCCGGGGCCCGUCCAGUGGAUGGGGCUGCUCAGCGAGCGUCUUUACGUGGGCUACCAGUCCGGCUUCACGCGCUAUAGUGUCCAUGGCGACGUGUCCCCGGUCAGCCUGCUGCACCAUGAGGACCACACCCUGGCCUUCAUCCCACAGCAGGGCCUGAGCGCGCUGUGCGCCGUGGAGAUCUCCAGCAAGGAGCUGCUGCUGUGCUUCAGCUCCAUCGGGGUCUAUGUAGACUCUCAGGGUCGGAGGUCACGGCAGCAGGAGCUCAUGUGGCCGGCUCAUCCCAGCGCCGCCUGCUACAACGCCCCCUACCUGUCGGUGUACAGUGAGAACGCCGUGGAUGUGUUUGAUGUGAAUACCAUGGAGUGGAUCCAGACCAUUCCUCUGAAGAAGGUGCGACCUCUGAAUGUUGAUGGAUCUCUGAACCUGCUGGGCCUGGAAACGGUGCGCCUGAUCUACUUUAGAAACAAGAUGGCUGAGGGGGAUGAGCUGGUCGUCCCGGAGACGUCAGACAACAGCAGGAAGCAGAUGGUGCGCAACAUAAACAACAAGCGGCGCUUCUCCUUCAGGAUACCAGAGGAGGAGCGGCUGCAGCAGAGGAGAGACAUGCUGCGAGAUCCAGAAAUGAGGAACAAGCUGAUCUCCAACCCCACCAACUUCAACCAUGUGGCCCACAUGGGACCAGGAGACGGGAUCCAGAUCCUGAAAGAUCUCCCUAUGCAGAACGUCCGUGUUCAGGAGACCCGGGCGGGGUUCAGCGGCUCCGUCAGCAUCCCCUCCAUCACCAAGAACCGGGGGGAGCCGGGCCGCUCCAUGAGCGCCAGCAGUGGACUGGGCAUACGCUCGUCGUCUCAGAACGGCAGCGCUCUGCGCAGGGAGCUGUCCGGGGGAAGCUACGGGUCCAAACGCCAGACCAUGACCUCGCCCUCCGAGAGCUCCCUGUCCUCUGGCGGGGGGAUGGACUGCGGCGAUGCUCCGCUCUCCCAGUUCGACAGAGAGUGGCAGGCGGUCUCGCCGUCGGAGAAGACCCCCGAUCUGAAAAGGGCUUUAAGGACCCUGCUUAGUAAGAUGAAGGACUCGGACUCCCCCCGUCACUCCACGGCCUCCAACAGCUCCACCUUCAGCAGUCCCCCCAGCCCGGCGUCCCCACACAAGACCAAGUCCCUGUCCCUGGAGAGCACAGACCGGAUGGGCUGGGACACAUGAGCCCUCCCCCUGCCCCCCUCUCCCCAUUCAGCACAGGACUCCCUAACCUCGCCCCUACACCACCCCCUCCUCUCACCUCCACUGCCCAGAGAACUGCACCUCCCAUCCGCCGCUCCCUCCUCCUGAUGAACUGCCUCUGGACGUUGCUUCCUGAUUGGAUGGAAACACUACAACUCUGGGCCUUUUCGAGGGGAAACCCCCAAAUGAGUGAAUGAGAGAUGCGCUAUGAUUAUCCAGAAUAGACACUGACACUCUUCCCUACCCAGCCCCUCCUUCCCUCUUUAGAGAUUCGCAUAGAGACGCCAAACUUUACGACGCAACAGAAAAAAAAUAAGAAGCGGAUUAUCGAUGAGAGAAAAUGAUUUGUAUUUGUACAUAGGACCAGCCGGGUUUCAGGGGGACAAUUUUAAUUUAUUUAUCGAUCUUAGAUGGGGAAGGUUAGGUUUGCUUCCACGCAACAUGAAGCAAACGUUUUCCCACAGUCACUUUUUCUUUGGGUGUUGCGAAAAAUGUCGCAUAUUUAAAAAAAAGGAAGUGAGAAAGAAAAGGAAUGAGUUUUAGUUUUCUCCUGAUACUCAGUGCAGUGACUUUAUAUUUUCUAAUUAUUGUUAUUUUGAGCAUUUGCAAAAAACCUUCCUACUUCCUACUGUGCUACUCUCUUCCUCAUUGGUUCAUCAAGGGAGGCGUCCUCCGUCGUCGUAGCGUUAGACGUUCCACUUUGCUGUGCAACCAAACUGACCAAGUCACUGAUUCCCAUCGCGAUGAUGUACAUAGGUUAAAAGUAGAGUAAUAUAUGAUAAGGAAAAUACUAUAGAGAACUACAUGGGGAAUGAGCAAAGAAAUCCUGAUUUGGUUUUCUGGUUUUUGUUUUGAGUGAUUUUGAGUUUUUAUUCACACAAAAAGCCAUUUUUAAACCACUUUGUUGUUGUUUUUUUUAAAUCAGUUUUAUGAGUUAGUUUUAUAUUCUACGUCUGACACGUUGUGUUGUGUUUUUGGUUUUUGUGUUUUUCUCCUCCACCCCCCAUUUAUGGAUUGACACUACUGCUCAAACUAUCUAGUGGAAAAUUUGCAUUUCUCACCAACCUGCUAUUACAUUUGUAUCUACGCUCUCGUACACUGAGGUGGUGGUUUUACGCAGCAAAACGCCUCAUCCCUAAGGCUCCUCUGGUCGUCCGAUGGGCCGUGGUACCGGGAUGGAAAAAAGGUCGACCCCUCUACUGAUGGAUAAGCUCUAUUUAACCAAAAACGGACAAAAGAGGGACAUUUUGGUGACAUGCUUUCUUUUGUCACAGCCUUUGCUUGUUAAAAAUGUGCUAAAAUGUCAAUUAAAAGCUCUUGAUGGAAACAGAACACUAAAACAAGGAAUGUAAACACUUAAACCAGCGCUUGACUCCGAUGUAUUUCUGAUUGUUUUGCUAAUAUUAACUGGGUUGGAGCUCUGAACUUGCUUUCUGGUUUGGUUUUAGGGGGAUUUGUUGGUUGUAUUUUACUGUAUCUGUUUAGCAGUUUCUGCCAUUUAUUUUUGCCAGUUUUGAACCCCAUUUACAAAAGGAACAACUCUUGGAGCAAAAUCUGACAAUUAAUGGAGCAGAAUCUGACAGUAACCUGUGGGGAUUAGACACAAAUCAAACACCAUUUUCUGUUAUUUAAAACACAGAAACAUUCUUAAAGCUGAACAGUUUUCUUUUGGAUAAACUUAGAAUAAACAUUCCUAUUGUACACAGUAUUUUCUCUUUCCUCCCCAUUGCAGAGUCCAAGUUGAAGCCUGCCAGGAUCAGCUCCAUAUAAGGGAAUCAAACAUUACAUACUUCAGUGGUCAUUCCUGCUGCUUCCCCCUGUUGAAAUCCAACAAAUUAGCUCUCUGUACCUCAUUCCAAGUGUUUUGUUUAUGGAUUUUAUUUUCUAUUGUGAUUUGAAGCUCAAAGCUUAUUUUCCAACACCCUGAACCUUUUAAGCGUGCAGCUCUCUGUUUCUCACCUGCAAGUGGUGUCCAGUAGGAGGUAAAGGAAGCAGACAUUGUUUGGGCGGGGGGUGUUUGAACAUCGGUCGAUAUGUUUAAAAAAAAUUUAAAAACUGACUGAUCCCAGACGUUCUGGAGUGAGGAAGGAAAUCUCAGGAAAUGUGUCGAGGUCGGCCUAUGGGACGGACGGCGUGAGUCGAAGGGUGGCAGGUGAUCCGAUGGCCAACGUGCCACAGUUUUCUGUGGAGGAAGGCCUAAACAAAAUCAAACGCCUUUACAUUUCAAUGAGGUCUUAUCUACAGUACCUUCUAUAUUAUUUUUGCUCUUUCAUAUCAUAUUACACUUUUUUUUCUAGGAUUGCUUUGUAAUAAUUUGUACAGUUUUGCAUGUUCUAGAUGUAAUCAUUUUGUUUUUGGUUUGUUUUACUUGCUCCUUUUUUGGACGGUUUGGGCGUUUUACUGAGGAUAACCCACUACAGGUGAUGUAGAUUCCUUUUUGCACAAAAAUAUUUAAGGUGUAAGGUCAAAAAUAAUGUAUGGAACUGGCUGCCACACUGAUGUGGAGAACUCAUAUUAACCCGACUCCGAUGUAUUUCAAUAAAGCGGAGGGCUGUUACAAAUACACACCCGUCUUGUUGCCGUGUGGUCAUUUCUCCAAAUGGAUUCUUUAAAAAGCUUUUAUUACAAAUGAAAACUUUUUACAUCUAUAAACAAAACAUCAGUAACAUUUACAGUAGCUACAAGUAAGGACACAUUUAAACAGACUUAGGAUUUCACUGCACAGGAGCAAUGCCUGGAGGACACACGCCUCCAAAUUGCACCUGGGCUCAAUAGUGCUGGUUGCUAAGAUACCAAAAGAAAUCGUGUUUUUUCUAAACUACUUUCUUAUGUUGGCAAGCAGUUGAAAUUGUACUUGGAGCAAAGGACAGGGGCACACACACCUCCAAAUUUCACCUAAGCUCAGUGCUCCUCAUUGCUAAGAGACCAAAGUUGAGAUUUAAGCACUGUUGCAUCAGGUGGUCCUCCAAUGUACACACUCUGUUUUUGAUAUGAGACGAUCUCAGUUCAAAACCUUUCCACAUAUAGUGUACAUUUCAAUCUAAAACAUUUGAUAUAAGGAAGAAUUAAAAAAGGGAGCAACUUGGAAUAAAUGAUCCUGAGGUUAACUCUUCUUGAUAUGAAACAUGUUUUUUUCAAUGAAGGUGGUUAAAGUUGCAAUUAGAAAGUUGAAGAUGGAUUUUAUUUUUCAGCAUCCCAAUGAGUCUAAGUAUACAUCUUAAUCUACAGAAGGGUUUGCAAAUCUGGAGGGUUGAUAAGUUGAUGUAGACAAGAGACGUCCUCCAAGCAGAGCGGGCCGAAGCUGCUAGACUCCUACACAAAAAGGACUGAAUACUUUUAAAGUCUAUUAGUAUAUUAUUAGUUCAAAGGUCGUUGCACCUUUAUUUUUUUCUCCCUCAAACAGAUUU